AUGUGCGACCUAGUGGCCUCCAUCAAUAUUAUGCCAUACUCUAUAUUCAAGAAGCUGGGGAAUGCCAAGCUCGUCGAAACUAAUAUGGAAAUACAGUUAGCAGACGGAUCUUGCAUUUACCCCGAGGGAGUUCUGGAAGAUGAGGUCGUCAAGGUAAACAGAUUCAUGUAUCCCGCGGAUUUCUUUGUUAUAAAGAUGACGGAACCAGGAGCGGAGGAGUCUAUUGGAAUCCUCUUGGGGAGACCUUUCUUAUCCACCGCCAACACGGUCAUUGACGUUCGCCAGGGAACAAUUAAUUUGGAUUUUAAAGGAGAGCGGUUUACAGUCGAAAUUAAUAAAGCUGCAAAACGGUUGCAGGACAGAGAAAGCAUACAAACUGUAGACGCCAUUGGCCCUCGGAGACAGAAGCAUCCGAUGGAGGAGUCCUUCAAGGAGCCACCACUGUCUCCACUAAGAGUAAACUGA